AUUAUCGUGGAGGGAGGCGAUUCCCUUCCUUGGAAUGCCUCACGUUAUAAAAAUACACCUUGGCGGAAGAGUGUGAAAGAGAAAGAGUAAAGAGAGAACUGACUUGAUCUCUCUCUCUCUCUCGUGCUCGUUGUUUUUGCUUACCAUGCUUACAUUUGUUGCUGUUGCGAACAUCAAAUAAAAACAAAAACAAAAGUGAACAACCAAUAUCUGUGGAAAUACUACGAGUAAUUGACUACUAAAUGGAAUACUAUAAUAAAUAAACAAAAUCAAAUUGGAUUAUCGCCCAGCUGCUGGGAGCUUGCCCCAAGAUGAUGACCUUGCCGCCGUUCGGCUGGUUCCACUUUCUCCAGCUUCCUUUGCACCGCUCGACGUAGAACCCCCACGGACUUCCACAGAGGGGAAACCCUCACCAGCUCCAAUCAAAGCGUCAGCCACUGCCAUUAGUAGCCAUACAUCAGAUACAAUAUAUAUAUAGAUUUGGCCCAGCGUCUUGUUCUUCGUGAUUUCGUCGCUGUCAGCGUUCGACGCCGACUGAGACGAGAGCAGCGAAGCAACGAGAGCACAGCGAAAGCCUCACCACGGACGCAUUUAUGGAUGCGGGAGGCCUGCCAGUCUUCCAAGCCAGCCAAGCAGCCGCAGCCGUCGCCCAGCAGCAGCAGCAACAGCAGCAGCAACAACAGCAGCAGCAUCAGCAUCUGAAUCUCCAACUGCAUCAGCAGCACUUGGGCCUACACCUGCAACAGCAACAGCAACUGCAACUGCAACACAAUGCACAGGCGCAACAGCAGCAACAACAACAACAACAACAACAACAGCAUCAGCAGCAGCACUCUCCCUACAAUGCCAACCUGGGAGCAACAGCCGGAAUCGUCGGCGGCCUUGUUGCUGGCGGCAACGGAGCUGGCGGCCCUCCAAAUCCAGGAGUCAGCCUCGGACCCAACAGUGGGGGCGGCGGCCCAUCGCCUAGCGAUGCCCUACCACCCAAGCGACAGCCCAUUGUGGACCGACUGCGACGCCGCAUGGAGAACUACCGACGACGGCAGACGGACUGCGUGCCGCGAUACGAGCAGACCUUCAGCACCGUCUGCGAGGAGCAGAACCAGGAGACCACGGCCCUGCAGAAGCGCUUCCUCGAGAGCAAGAACAAGCGGGCGGCCAAGAAGACCGACAAGAAGCUGCCCGAUCCCCAGCAGCAACAUCAGCAGCAGCAACAGCAGCAUCAACAUGCGGCACAGACGAUGUUAGCCGGACAACUGCAGAGCAGUGUUCAUGUGCAACAAAAAUUCCUUAAACGACCAGCGGAGGAUUUUGACAAUGGCGCCGAGAACUUUGAGCCGCCGCAUAAGUUGCCCAACAACAACAACAACAAUAGCAACAACAACAACGGCUCGAAUGCCAACAACAAUGGGAACAACAACGGCAACAGCGGUAGAAACAACUCCGGCAACAGCAACAACAACGGCUCUGAGAAUCUAACCAAAUUCUCGGUGGAAAUCGUCCAGCAGCUGGAGUUCACGACCUCUGCGGCCAAUUCACAGCCGCAGCAGAUCAGCACGAAUGUCACAGUGAAGGCCCUGACCAACACCUCGGUGAAGAGCGAACCAGGAGUGGGCGGCGGUGGUGGUGGUGGAAACGGAGGAGGUGGAAACAGCGGCGGUGGUGGCAACAGCGGAGGCGAUCAGCAGCAGCAGCAGCACCAACAACAGCAACAUCAUCCCCAGCAGCAUCAGCACCAGCAGCAGCAGCACCAGAACCAGCACCAACAAGGCGGCGGACUGGGUGGCCUCGGCAAUAAUGGGCGUGGCGGGGGUCCUGGCGGAAUGGCCCAGGGACCCGGAGCUGGCGGACUCGGUGGCCUCGGAGUCGGCGUCGGAAUGGGCAUGGGACCCAACAUGAUGUCCGCCCAACAGAAGUCGGCCCUCGGCAAUCUGGCCAAUUUGGUCGAGUGCAAACGGGAGCCCGACCACGGCUUUCCCGCUCUGGGCUCGUUGGACAAGGACGGGGGCAACGGGCAGUUUCCCGGGUUUCCCGAUCUACUGGGCGAUGACAACUCGGAGAACAACGACACCUUCAAGGAUCUCAUCAACAAUUUGCAGGACUUCAAUCCCAGCUUCCUCGACGGCUUCGAUGAGAAGCCGCUGCUGGACAUCAAGACGGAGGACGGCAUCAAGGUGGAGCCCCUGAAUGCCCAGGACCUCAUCAACAGCCUGAAUGUGAAGUCGGAGGGCGGUCUGGGACACGGCUUUGGGGGCUUUGGCGUCGGAAUGGGCAUGGAUAAUCAGGCCAUGAAGAUGCGUGGCGCCGGCGGUGGUGGUGGCUUCCCCAAUGGCCCCAACGGUGGCGGUGUUGGUGCCGGCGGCGUGGGAGGAGGAGGAGGCGGAGGACAAGCCUCCGGUGGCGGGAAUCUCAUGUCCGAGCAUCCGCUGGCCGCCCAGACCCUCAAGCAGAUGGCCGAGCAGCACCAGCACAAGAGUGCGAUGGGCGGCAUGGGUGGCUUCCCCCGCCCCCCGCAUGGCAUGCAACCGCAACAACAGCAGCAGCAGGCCCAGCAGCAGCAACAUGGCCAGAUGAUGGGUGGCCCUGGUCAGGGCCAGCCCGGGCGCUACAACGACUAUGGGGGCGGCUUUCCGAACGACUUCGGCCUGGGUGCCAAUGGCCCGCAGCAGCAACAGCAGCCCCAGCAGCAGCAUCUGCCGCCGCAGUUCCACCAGAAGGGUCCUGGCCCAGGUGCCGGUCCCGGGCCUGGCAUGAAUGUCCAGCAGAAUUUCCUGGACAUCAAGCAGGAGCUCUUCUAUUCCUCUCAAAACGAUUUCGAUCUCAAGCGCCUGCAGCAGCAGCAGGCCAUGCAGCAGCAACAGCAGCAGCAACAACAACAACAGCAACAUCACCAGCAGCAGCAUCCCAACCCGAAUGGCCCCAAAAUGGGUGGCGUGCCCAGCUUCAACAAGCAGCAGCAGCAACAGGUGCCCCAGCAGCAGCAAUUGCAACAGCAACAGCAGUACUCGCCCUUCAGCAACCAAAACGCAAAUGCGGCAGCUGCCGCUGCCAACUUCCUCAACUGUCCGCCCCGUGGCGGUCCCAACGGCAGCCAGCAGCAGCAGCAGCCCGGUAAUCUGCCCCAGCAGCAACAGCAGCAGCAGCCGGGCGGCGGGCCACAGAGUGGUCCCCAGCAGCAGCAGCGUGGAGCCAAUGGGCAGCAGAACAAUCCAAAUGCCGGGCCCGGUGGCAAUGCGGCGCAGCAGCAGCAGCAAGCGACUACAACAACGCUGCAGAUGAAGCAGACGCAACAGCUGCACAUCAGCCAGCAGGGGGAAGGCGCGCACGGCAUUCAGGUGUCGGCUGGUCAGCAUCUGCAUCUGAGUGGCGAUAUGAAGAGCAAUGUCUCCGUGGCCGCCCAACAGGGCGUCUUCUUCAGCCAGCAGCAGGCCCAGCAGCAGCAACAGCAGCAGCAGCAGCAGCAGCAGCCUGGCAACGGCGGAAACAAUCCCCAAGAACAGCAACAGCAACCGCAUGGCGGAAAUGCUGGAGCUGGAGUGGGCGUCGGAGUGGGCGUGGGCAAUGGCGGACCUAAUCCCGGACAGCAGCAGCAGCAACCAAAUCAAAAUAUGAGCAACGCAAACGUAACCUCCGAUGGCUUCUCGCUCUCCCAAAGCCAAAGCAUGAGCUUCAGCCAACAGCAGCAGCAGCAACAACAGGCGCAGCAGCAGCAGGUGCCGCCCAACAUGCGGCAGCGUCAGACGCAGGCGCAAGCGGCAGCUGCAGCAGCGGCGGCAGCAGCGGCGCAGGCGCAGGCAGCGGCAAAUGCAAACGGACCCAAUGUCCCGCUCAUGCAGCAGGGACCCCAGGGUCCGGGCGUUGGAGUGGGUGUGGGCGUUGGGGUAGGCGUCGGCAACGGAGGCGGCGGAGGCAUGCCCAGCAAUGGGACCGCCGGUGGACCCAGCAACGGUGCAAUGAAUCAGAUGGGAGGACCCAUGGGCGGCAUGCCGGGCAUGCAGAUGGGCGGACCCAUGAACCCCAUGCAAAUGAACCCGAACGCGGCUGGCCCCAAUGCCCAGAUGAUGAUGGGCGGCGGGGGAGGCGGGGUUGGGUCAGGUCCCGGUCACGUUCCAGGCCCUGGGCCUAACCAGGCCAAGUUCCUGCAGCAACAGCUGAUGAUGCGCGCCCAAGCCAUGCAGCAGCAGCACAUGUCGGGCGCGCGUCCGCCUCCGCCUGAGUACAAUGCCACCAAAGCGCAGCUGAUGAAGGCCCAGAUGAUGCAGCAGACGGUGGGUGGGGGCGGUGUUGGUGUGGGCGGAGUCGGAGGAGUGGGCGUGGGCGGCGGUGGAGGCGGAAACGGCGGCGGGCGCUUCCCCAACAGCGCUGCCCAGGCGGCAGCCAUGCGCCGCAUGACUCAGCAGCCGAUCCCUCCCUCCGGACGGAUGAUGCGGCCCCAGCACGCGGCCAUGUACAUGCAGCAGCACGGCGUAGCUGGCGGCGGUCCGCGUGGCGGAAUGGGAGGUCCGUACGGCGGCGGCGGGGCGGGCGGACCAAUGGGUGGGCCACAGCAGCGUCCACCCAAUGUCCAAGUGACUCCCGACGGCAUGCCCAUGGGAUCGCAGCAGGAAUGGCGGCACAUGAUGAUGUCCCAGCAACAGUCGCAGAUGGGCUUCGGUGGCCCCGCACCCGGGGGCCCCAUGCGGCAGGGCCCAGGCGGUUUCAAUAGUGGAAACUUCAUGCCCAACGGAGCCCCUAAUGCGCCUGGCAAUGGACCAAAUGGCGGCGGCGCCGGCAUGAUGUCCGGUCCGAAUGUACCGCAAAUGCAACUGACUCCAGCCCAGAUGCAGCAGCAACUGAUGCGCCAGCAACAGCAGCAGCAGCAACAGCACAUGGGACCCGGAGCAGGCGGUAAUAUGCAGAUGCAACAGCUACUGCAGCAGCAGCAGUCGGCGGCCGGCGGCAACAUGAUGGCCAGCCAGAUGCAGAUGUCCAGCAUGCACAUGACGCAGACCCAGCAGCAGAUCACUGUGCAGCAGCAGCAGCAGUUUGUCCAAAGCACCACCACGACCACGCACCAGCAGCAGCAGCUGCUGCAGAUGCAGGGUCAGGGCCAGGGAGGCGGUCCGGGAUCGGCCAGCAACAACAACGGAAGUGGCGGUGGCGGUGGCGGCGGCGUCGGUGCCGGUGGGGUGGGAGCGGGUGGUGGCAACGCAUCCAACACGAUUGCCAGCACCAGCUCGAUAAGCCAGACGAUCAACUCGGUGGUGGCCAACUCAAAUGACUUGUGUCUCGAAUUCCUGGACAACCUGCCCGUGGACAGCAAUUUCUCCACGCAGGAUCUGAUCAACUCCCUCGACAACGACAACUUCAAUCUGCAGGACUUUAAUAUGCCGUAGAUUCGUUGAAGUAGUCUCCACCAUACACCAGCACCACCACACACACCACCAGCACCACUAGCACCACCACAUUGUUGCCUCAGUUUUGUUCACAAUUUUUGUUUUGUUGCCUAUUGUUGUUAUUGGUCUUGGCCAACCCCAUCCCGAAACGAAACGAACCCGACCCAGGCCCCUGCCCCUGCCCAUUCCCAUGCCCCGUCCCUGCCAAUGAAGUUACUUUGUUAUACCCGAUACUCAAAAUGAGUAUUGGGGUAUAUUAGAUUUGUGGUGAAAGUGGAUGUGUGUAACGU